AUUUAAGGAUACAUUUUUUUUAAUGGGUUCAGUCUGCUCUGCUUCAAAGAAUCAAACAAAAUCCCGCUCUUAAAAUGGAGAAUUAAAGAAUAAUAAUUAACCAUAUUUAGAAGCUUCCUCUCUUGUUGCUCAAUCAUUACCUUUAGAAAACAAACCAGAUACUUCUCUUGAUUAAUAUGUUUAGGAUUUGUUAUAACUUUUUAAGAGAUUUUGCAUGUUUCUUGAUCUUGUUGGUAAUUUAGAUCAACUUCCACAACAUACUCGAGAAAAAUUAAAUAGUUGCAUCAUUGUUAAAUAAAAUAUUUCUAUUAUCAUACAAAACAAUAUAAAAAGAGUUAUGAGAGAAUAAUAGAUCAUCAAAAGAAUUGAUGAAUCAGAUUAUUAUCUUAUUUAUAAUGAUCGUAAGUUUGCUAGUGCGUUCAACCAAAUGAUGUAAAAACUAUCCAAUAUUAUUAUAACGGAUCUUAAGCCAGAUGAAGAUUUUCAGUCAGCAUUUCCAAUAUUGGCAGUGUCAUUUGAAGAAGAAGCCUAAAAAAUUAGUUUGAUUGUAGAAAAAAUCAAAAACAUUUAAACUAUGGAGAUGAGAAAGGGAAGUUCUUAACAUUCUCUUUCUAUUAAUCAACUAUAACCAAAACGAAAAUCUUCCUAGUAAUGA